AAAUAUUAAGAUAAAAGAAUUCUGGUAAAAUAUGUUAGUUUCCUACUUCCGAAUCGUUAUGAUAAGCUAAUAAACUGUGGUACAAAAAGAAGCUCCAUUAUUCGGACAAUCGCACAAAGGUCUGCUUGUGGAAUGCGAAUCACACUGUCUGUGCUGGUUGUGUGUGCGUGUGUGUGUGUUUGUUUCUCUUCUGAUUGAUGGAAAAUAAGCUGGAAACAAAAGUAGCAACAACACCCGAGCAGAGUGCAGCAAUUAAGUUUAAUUAAGAUAUCCAAUUGAGCUGAGUGCUGCCUCAAAAGUGCAUUUAUUAACGAGAAGAAAUCAGAAGUAACGAAAUGCCACCGCUAAAAACCUACCAGAUACACCACGAAUACAAUGCAAAUUGUCACAAUGGCAAUCCAAGUCCCAAUCAGAAUGCGAACGCGAAUGCAAAUCCCACCAGCGGCGACUGUGACUUCUAUGGCGCGUCGACGGGAGCGGUCCUGGGAGCAGCCGCCAUCGCCGCCCAGCGCACAAACCUUCCCUCCUAUUGCAAUGCCCAGUAUCCGUUCAAGGUGCUAUCCAAUCUCAACCAGCUUCGCGAGCAGGGACGCUUCUGUGAUGUGGAGAUCAUCGCCGGGGAGGCCACCUUCAGUGCCCACCGCGCAGUUCUGAGCGCAGCCAGCGCCUACUUCGAGGCCAUGUUCCGCCCCGAGCUCGGCCUAAACGAAGUCAAGCAGAAGUCGGUGGUGCUGCACACAAUCGACGGUGACAUACUUCACAUCCUGCUUGACUUUAUCUACACAGGUCGCUGCGAGAUAACGCAGUCCAAUGUCCAAGAGCUUCUUGCCGCCGCUGACAUGCUGCAGCUUAACGAGGUGGUCGAUGGUUGUUGCGAGUUUCUUUGUCGAGAGCUGCAUGCCUCUAAUGCGCUAGGUAUUUUACGGUUUGCUGAAGCCCACAACUGCGAGUCGUUGGCCAAGAGUGCAUUGAACUUUGUCCACGCCAAUUUCCCAGCGAUAACUCUGGAGGAUGAGUUUCUGGAAACUCCACAGUCAUUGCUAUCGCAGUUGCUUAACUCCGAGCUGCUGCGUGUGGACUCCGAAUCCCAAGUUUUCCAGGCGGCUCUGCGCUGGAUCAAGCAUGAUGUAACGCAACGGCGGCGCUACGUUUUCGACAUCCUCUCCCACGUGCGCAUGGCAUUGGUGCCAGUGAAGGUGAUCGACAAGGCUCUAAAAGAUGACUGUCGGGACAUGUCCGUGAAAAUUGCUCUUCGUUCGAUUUGCCGGGAUAUUGCGUCAAAGCGGGGACAGCUGGUGCCACUGCGUGUCUGUCCCCGCCAGUUGGCCAAGAAAAAUAUUUAUAUCAUUGGCGGUUCUCAUCGGGAUACGCCGCGCACUUGGAACUCGGCCGACUGCAUCUUCGAAACGGUGGCAAAGUUCGACAUAUUCCGGCGCGAGUGGACCCAGACAGCAUCGAUGGAAGUGGGGCGCAUAUUGCCGGGCGUCUCGGCCCUAAACGGAAAGAUCUAUGUGGUGGGGGGCGAGCGCGGCUCCCAGAUCCUGGCAAACGGAGAGGUCUAUGACCCACAAAACGACGUCUGGCAUCCCAUAGCUCCCAUGAUCGUGCCUCGCUGCGAGUUCGGUCUUUGCACAAUGGGCGGAAACCUCUUUGCAGUUGGCGGUUGGGUUGGAGACGACAUUGGCGGCUCUAUGGAGUGCUACGAUCCAGAUCAGGACCUGUGGGAGUUAAUUGGCAACAUGCCGCAACCGCGCUUCAGCAUGGGAGUGGUCAGCUUCGAGGGACUGAUUUACAUUGUGGGAGGAUGCACAACAACAACCCGUCACUUGCCGGACCUUAUAAGCUACAAUCCAGUUACCAAGGAGUGGACGCAGCUGGCCCGCAUGAAAACGGCCCGCUGCCAAAUGGGCGUUGCCGUCUUAGAUAGGUACCUCUAUGUGGUGGGUGGGAGCAGUAUUAGCCAAGACAUUCUCAGCUCAGUUGAGCGCUACAGCUUCGAUGAAGAUAAGUGGUCCAUGGUUUGUGCGUUGAACGUGCCCCGAGCCAUUCCUGCAGUAGCCGCUGCCGACGGACUUCUCUACGUGGCUGGAGGAGACCAGCCCUGUGAGGUGAACUUCUAUCGCGCUCAAGUGACCAUUAACGCUGUCGAGUGCUACGAUCCGCUGUCAGACACCUGGAAAAACUGUCCCGAUCUACCUGUUAGCCGCUCGGAGGCUGGGGCAGUGGUCGUCUAAGACGGCCAGUACAUAAUCUCAGUUCGGUUUAAGCAUAACCCCCUAAACGUAAUAACUCUUUAGCUCUACGCCAUUGUAUACGUUACACAAGCAUCACAAAUAUGUCCUAUUCCCUUCGAAUAACUUGAAUGUAGUGGUCUCUUGCCAAAGAUAUGUAAGUGAAUUGUUAAGAUUAAUGUUAUUUGAGAAGCGUAGCGCAGCUAUUUACCAGGUAGUACACAUGCUAAUCUUAUUAGUAGUUAGCAAGAACGAAAACAGUCAGCCUUUCAGAUUGUUCCGUAGUUGAAGUUAUCCUUUAAAAAAGCGAAACCAAACACCGGCGGCAAAGAAUUCAACUGCUUAUUUUAUAGGAACGUAUCGUAAUUGCUGAAACUUAUUUGAAUCGAUUGUUUGUUGUUUUUUUUUUUUACAAAUUAUGUGUUUUUACUUCGGUUGCGCCCUUGGGAAGAGCGUUCAUCCACACGAUUCUGCAACGGAAUGGAUUUUUAUGUACCAAAAAAUGUUAAAACAAAAUAAAUACAAUCAAAAACACGAAAACUGUAUUAAUAUAAUAGGUGUAUUAUCAAAAUAAACGACUUAUCUAACAACA